AUGACAAGUGCUAAACCCUAUAAAACAUUGCAAAGUGGAACAUUUUAUUUAAAUCGGAAAAGUCCGCUGUGGGUAUUAAAUGAUGAACAGCGCAAGGAUGCGGCAGUGCCUUUGAAAUCGCCUCCCAAAGAAAAAUUAAAAUACGAUCACAUUAAACCAAUUUAUGUACGAAAUCGUCAAAAUUCACGCCGUUCACCAUAUUCGCCGCCAAAUCGCCACUUCCCCUACAAAGCCCAAAAACGUGUAACAUUAUAUACGAGACCAAAUUUACAGUUACCAAGGAAUUAUCUACCACACAAUCGACAAAGGAUACCAGAAUUCAAACCAAUGCCUCAACUUCCGAAAUUUGAUUCCAUACCCGGCCAGGAGAGUUUUGAUAGACCCGUACCCCUGUUCGUUUACACGGGCAAUAAGGGACGUAUGCUGUUCAAUACCAUGAUGAGUCGAUAUAAAUAUCCCAUGCAGGAACCAGUACCAGGGCAGACGUUACAUCCACCCAAAACUAUGAUGGUUAAAAACAGGCACAAGGAAACACAAUUUACCUCACCCUUUACACCACAACCACCAGUUUUGAAUGUCUCCAUGAUACCAUUUUAUGCCUUUGAGGCGAUAAAUCCAACCACCACAACCACAGCCAGACCUCCAUUAACUCCACAAUAUCCCUCCACAAAAUCCUACAAAAAAUCGAAAAAAUACUCCGCCUUCUUUGCACCUCAGGAUAUUCUAUCCCAACACUCAUUUGAUACCACCACAUCAUUACCGUUAACCCUAGAAAAACCCUUUGCCAAUCAUCGGCACUAUCUGGAAGAAUCACCCACCUCCACAACAUCUUUGCCUCACAAAAAACUCGAAGUCACCUAUAAUGAUGGUGAGGAUAAAUUUCGAAUAACCUACGAAGAUGAAAAUGCCGAUGUAAAUCUUGAAAGACCAACUGAAUUUACAACAGUGGAACCCACACCAAAAUAUCAACCACUGCAAAUGUGGCCAAGAGAAAAGAAGAAUGAAAUAAAUCGACAGUCCAAUGAAAGUGAAACAACACAUGAGAACGCAGAGAAUCAAGAGGCGGCAAGUGGUAAAGAAGACGAGGAGGAAGAUACAACGAAGGAUAAGGAGACAUGGUUUAUAUUGAAUUCAAGAUAUAAGGGACCCCUUAAAACGAAUACCAAAAAUUUACACUCAUCGAAAUAUGUACAAACGACACGAUCCAUGAAAGACGAUUUGGAUUUGCUGCAGACAACAGGCGCCCAACCGAAGAACAAUCUGAAACCCCAGAUGAGAGCUUUGUAUGGAGAUAAAUUAGAAAUAGUCAUUUAA